GCCAAGUCGUCUAAUAAAGGAGGGGCUCGGACCCCCAAUCCUAUUCUAUCCUCAAUCUCCGAAUUUCACAUUGUUUGCAACUUUUUUUAUAUGCUUCCCUUUCUCGUGAACGACGAAAAGUUGAUGAUGGCUGCCAACUUCGACAAUAUAAAUGUUAUUCAGACAAGAGCAGGACCGGUGGAGGCCGAGGUUUUAGGCUCGGGUUCAAUCCCGAUUCUGAUCUUGCACGGCAGCCCAGGAGGUAUCGAUGCGGCCCGGACCAUGUGUCAAUUCCUCGACAAGGACCUAUUCAGAAGUAUCUGCCUCUCCCGCCCGGGAUAUCUCAAAACCCCUCUCCACCCCUCCCCGGCUCACCGUUCCAUCACGGCCGAAACCGAUCUCUUGGCAGCCUUACUCGAUGCAUUAAAAAUCUCACGCGUCGGUAUUCUGGCAUGGUCGGGGGGAGGUCCAUCAGCUUACCUUUUCGCGUCUCGAUAUCCACAUCGUGUAUCAGCUAUCAUAGCGAUCGCGGCCGUGAGCUCAUCGUGGAUCGCCCCCAAAGCUCAUAUCAGCGAACGUUUCAUGUUCGGUACGAAACUCGGGGAGUCGAUCAUCAAAGCUAUGGCUGCGCGUAAGCCCGCGCACAUAGUGGAGACUGCGCUUAUGGGAGAAGGUUCUCUCCGCGGUGAGGAACUUCACAACCUCGCCGAGCAGGUGAUGGCUGACCCCGCGCAGCGUCAGGCCGUAUUAGAUAUAGCGGGGACCGUCAACAUCAGUGGAGCCGGAGGACGGAAGGAAGGAUGGCUGAAUGAUGUGGAAAACUAUGCGGCGAUUAAAAGCUUGGAACUGGAACAGGUUCAUUGUCCGGUUCUACUGGUUCAUGGAGAUGCUGAUACGGACGCCCUUCCAAUAUUCAGUGAAGCUGCUCAUGCACGAUUACCUCUUAGUUCUCUUAUCGUAAUGCCAAGAGGUACACAUCUCGCAUUCUAUGCCCACCCGCAAGCACGCGAUGUUCAGGAGACGGCCAAGAAAUGGUUCUUGGACCAUGUACCACGUUUGUAGUCAUGCUAAGGCCAAACGUGACCAAGACCAAAAAGCUAAAGGUGGUCAUCACAAGGGAGAGAGGGAACUUGACUACGAUCGUGAACGAAUUGAUAUUGAUGGCAGCCGGAGAGGAAAGAAAACAGCAACUGGCAGUGGCACUUUAGUUUAUAAGACACGUGUUUCCCAGACCUCACUCGUGGAAGCUUAUUUGUCAGAAUCUGUCCUGUAUCCUGAAACGUGAAGAUCGUUUGAACCACGUUUUUGAGAUAAUCUUGGCAUUCUGUAGAAAGACACCUCAUUUCAUCUAGAGGUCAGGAAAGGAGUGAACGAAUGAUAUUCGUGGAACACUCAGUUUCUUGUCGUACAAAGUGCCGGUCCUCGGCCUUCAGCCUGGUCGCCUCAACUACUACCCACUUACAUACAUGCCUUCGGCCUUCAAUACCAUUUGCUUCUCGGGGCAAUUUCCACCACAUUUCAUUUGCAGAUUUUGGCGAUAGUGUCGUACGUAUGUCCGUCAAAAGGUAAUAAGCGAUUGUGGAGUGUCGUAGUGUGAUUUAAGUUUGUUGGUACAGUCGGCUUACUGCCCGAAAAGUUGCAUCACGAUAGCUUGUGGUCACUUUUGGUAUCACCUAGAGCCUAUAGGACUACUAUCCUGCGAUAGCAUAUUAGCUCUGUAAGGCUCGCUUUAUUCUCUAGGCUAAUCAACUAGUCUUAUAUAGAGGAUGCGGUCAAAAUUCGUGAGAAUAUGCUAGUAACUGGUACCUUAUUUAUGCGCGGGUCUUAGAAUUGAGGGACUGUAAAAGUGUGGUUAAAGACAUAUAUGAUGUCUAGUAAAAGCUAUAAAAAACAUUACCAAUGAACGAUCUUCCUUUCCUGUCCUUUCAUCCGACCUUCCUUGUAUUCAUUGGCUCCAUUAAGAGCGAUUACCUUAAGUAUAUGCUCUAAUAUUCUCUCAAUCCA